CGGUUUUAGCCGAGUGGGGUCGAAGUGUCCCGCCAGCUGCUGGUCUCUAUAAACAGGCUUCUCCCAAUGCAGCUCUCCACCCGCUCUUUGUCCGCGACCGGCUGACCGACGAAACGUUCCCCUUUAAGAUGAUGUCGGAAACAAUUAUGCCUUAUUUAAUUAUUUUCUGUAAUCUCGACAGGCAGAACAAAUGGACUAAGCAGCAGCGUUGAAAAGCAGCGACGUUGAGAGAACAGUAGCAUCAUCUCAUGUGAAAGUGGCUAACAGGAGUCCGGUGUCCUUGCGUGUGUCAAAGGCAGCAGCGGUGCUUAUUGGAGGCUACGACACUUCUCCGGGACGGACAUGUAUUUCCAUAUAACAGACAAGACGGAGGAGACUCGGUGAAUGCGGUGAAAGUACUCCCCCUUUACCCCGCAAUGUGUUGGACGCUUGGAAGAGACCACUGGCAGUAGCAUUUUGGCUCACAUUUGACAACACUUCAAAAGGGUUUUCCACGUCUCUCUACCUGGGAACCAACCGUGGUCACAACAUCCUCCCUGUUAAACACCAACAAUGACUUCCCCAGACUCUCCCCCUCUUGUCUCCCCAUCCCCAUGCCCUGCUCCUCCUCCAUCCCUCCCCUCCUCCCCUCCUCCUUCCUCCCCAGCCCCGUCUUCCUCCUCCCUCCCCCCCCCGCCCUCCCUGCCUCCCACGGGUGAGGUGAUGGUGCUGGCUCUGGGCAGGAAGAAGCAGCGAGUCCUGAUAGCUCUCUCCAUCCUGCCCAACCUCUUCCUGGCCUUCCUGCUGUCUUCCGACCCCCUCAUCACCCUCUCCUCGCCCCACCACUGCCACCUGCCGGGGCCCUUACCGUCUCCCGAGGUGCUGAACGCCUCCCUGCCCUGGGAGAAAGGGGGGAGACCUGGGGAGAGCGGGGGCCUGUCUCACUGUAAGCAGUACCUCAACGGCAGCCAGUCAGCGGUGGUGGACUGCGAGGCCGGAUGGGACUACAACGUCACGGAAGGACUGAGGAACAACAUCGUCACUGAGUGGGAUCUGGUGUGUGGUCAGUACUGGCUGGUCCCAGUGGAGGAGGUGUGCUUCAUCCUGGGCAUCCUGACAGGCUGUCUGGGCCUGGGCUAUGCCGCUGACAGGCUAGGCCGGUCUAAGACUCUGCUGGCCUCUCUGACCCUGUCGGUGGUGUUCGGGGUGCUGGUGUGUGUCGCUCCGAGCCCCCCCAUCUUCAUCGUCAUGCGUUUCUGUUUGGCGGCAGCUAGUGCUGGAGUCUACCUCAUUCUGUACAUCACACGUCUGGAGCUGUGUGAGCCGUCUCUCAGGCUGCUGGUCACCAUGCUGGCCGGGCUGAUGACUGUUGCUGGAGAGCUGCUGCUGCUGGCCGUGGCUCUGGGCUGCCAGUCCUGGAGGGGCCUGCUGGGGGCCGGCGCCGCCCCCCUCACACUCUUCCUCAGUUACGGCAUUCCUGGGGUGUUCCCUGAGUCUCCUCGCUGGCUCCUUCUGUCAGAGAGAUCUGCAGACAUGAACUCCUUCACUGAGAGGAGAAACUCCAACAGGGACCUGAGGGAUGACGAGAGCUUCACAGAGCUGGACUCAGAGCCGGCCCCCUCCUCACGCCCCCACCUGUCCUACCCCGAGCUCUUCCACAGCAGGAACAUCUGGAAGAACAUGUGUGUGCUGGGCUUCACCUCUUUCAUCUCUCACGGCAUCAGUCACUGCUACAGCUCUUUCCGUGGAGACGUCAGAGGCACGGCCCCCAGCUUCUACUGGACGUACCUGCUGUCGGUGUGCGCGGGGGGGGGGGCCUGGCUGCUGCUCUGGGCCACGGUAGACCGGUUCGGUCGCCGUGGCAUCCUGCUCCUCGCCAUGACAAUGACGGGGCUGGCCUCUUUGAUCCUCCUGGGACUCAUGGAGUAUCUCAGUGAGACGGCCAUCACAGUCUUCUCAGUGCUGGGUCUCUUCUCCUCCCAGGCCACCGCCUCCCUCUGCAUCCUCUUCACUGCAGAGAUCAUGCCCACCGUCAUCAGGGGCAGUGGUGUGGGCAUAGUGCUGGCUCUGGGCUGCGUGGGCCGCCUCAGCUCCCCGCUCAUGGACCUGAGGAACCACUACGGGUACUUCCUUCACCACGUGGUCUACUCCUCCCUGGCCCUGCUGGCCGUGCUGUCCAUCCUGCUGCUGCCCGAGAGCAAGAGGAAGCCUCUGCCGCAGACGCUGGGCGACGGGGAGCAGUACCGGCGCCCCCCGCUAGGCAGGAGGAGGAGGGACAACGUGCCGCUGCUAUCCACGCCCAACCCAGAGACCUAACACACUCCUGAAAAAGAGUCGGAUGGAUUCAAAUCACCCACUCUGCAGCUAGAACAUUCACAUCCAUCAUGCAGAGGAGGAGAGCUGCACAGAUGAUUGGACAAUGAGGGACGGUGAUCAGACUCUAAGCUUCCUAACAUAUCAUCCUCAAGUCAUUCCAGGCGGUUGGGUCGAGCUGCCAUUUCUUCUUCACCAUUCUCCUCUUCCUGCCAUUCACAUGUGUAGAUCUAACAGCGACACAUGCAGGGAGUCUCCAUCCUCAUCUCCAUGUGCACACCAGCAUACACUGCUGCAUCUGUGCGUCUGUCGUAGAGAUGUUAGCUGCUUGAUACGGCACACCAGACCAGAGGGGGCCCGGAGAGUAGUCGGCAAAUUAUUCCUAGCAUUUGACGUAGAGCGUUUUUUGUGGUGUUUGAUGUGUACGACAACAGGAGAAGUGCUCGGAGGUGUGCAAAAUCAAAGCAGAGUCAGCUUUGUGUACUUUCCUGUGACACCUGUGGUAAAAUGCUCCCAUGUGGAAAAACUCUCCCAUGUGGCACUCCCAACAGGGGUGGACCGCUAUUCUCCAACAUAUGUUGUUUGAGUGUUGGUGCCUUGUAAAUACUCUAGACCUAGUUUCUUUAACUUGUAGGGCAUCUGAGUUACAUUAAAGCAGAUCCUGUAGCUGGAAACUGUACAGUACGCUGUACAGUGAAGAAGCGGUGCAGAGCACUUUGAAUUUUUAUUUUAAAGAUGGUGGUUAACUUGAGCAAAAUCUUCAAAUUUAAGGGACAGUUGUACAAACCAAUCAGUUUUGGAAUGAGGGUGGUGGUGGUGAAGUCCAUAGGGACUUGGCUUGGCAACUGGAAGGUCACCAGUUCAAGUCCUGGAAAGACCAAGUGCUACCGAGGUGUCCCUGAGCAAGGCACCGUUCCCUACGCUGCUCCCCGGGCGCCGUACAUAAUGGCAACCCACUGCUCCUAACACUAGGAUGGGUCAAAUGCAGAGAAACAUAAUGACAAUAAGUUGAAUCUUCAAUCUUUUUCAAUAAAUCUAUUACGUUACCAUUGACUGUUAGCAGGCUCAAUGUCGAGUCAAGGCAACAUAAUAAAGGAGACGGUAGCCGAAGUAAUCAAAAAAAGAAUUUAAUUAUAAUUACCACCAUGGUUGAACAAAGGAAAUAUAAAGUAAUGACAGACAAGAACACAUACUGCACAGACAGGAUCAGCCCCAGACAAAGGGGAAGGCAGAAUACUUAUACAUGAGGUAAUGACGAGACAAGACAUACCUGGGUUAAUUACAAAUGGGUACACCUGGAGGGGAAACGAUAAGGACUACAAAACCAUCACAGGAAACUACAGCUAGACAUGACGCAUCACACUAGGAGCGCCUGAUCAGGGCACAAACGCAUAACACCCCCACACCCAACUUUAUGUCCAUAACCCCAAGGCGAAAUGAGGGAAUAAACAUAAACAGAAGAAGGAAACAAGAAACAAUAAUACUGUCAGCACAAUAAAAAAUACGAAUUGUACUAACAGCACCGGUAUGGACGGCCAUAACCCCCACACCACCCCAUGGAUAAAUAGCACCCACCCCCCGACUACAGCCGUGAUAGCGCGUCAGCCAACACAUUGUCCUUGCCCUUGACGUGAACCACGUCAACAUCAAAGGCCUGCAGGAAAAGGCUCCAGCGCAUUAGCCGCUGGUUCGAAUUCCGCAUCCUGCCUAUAAAGACCAACGGGUUGUGGUCGGUGUAUAUUUUAAUCGGUACCUGGGAUGAACCGACAUACACUCUCGAAAUGGGAGAGAGCCAAAAUCAAGGCCAAUGCCUCCUUUUCAAUUGUCGAAUAGCGCCGCUGGUGUAUAUUAAACUUUUUAGAAAAAUACGACACCGGAUGUUCUAUACCCCCGUCAUCGUCCUGCAGAAGCACCGCGCCUGCGCCCAGCUCACUAGCAUCCACAGCCAACUUGAAAGGCUUUGUGAACACAGGCGCUGCGAGGACAGGAGCACUGACCAAGAUGGACUUUAAUUGCUGAAACGCAAAAGUGCACCUAGGCGUCCACUGAAAUGGACUGAAAUGGGAUCUUCGGGCUCAAGAGAUCCGUGAGGGGAGAAGCUACCGCUGAGAAAUUCCUGCAAAAACCCCUAUAAUACCCCGUCAUCCCCAGAAAACACCGGAGGUCCCGAUGUGUAGCAGGCUCUGGAAAGCCAAGUAUCGCCUCCACCUUGGAGUGGACAGGGCGGACCUCCCCCCGCCCCACUACCUUGCCAAGAUAGGUGACGGUCGUCCUGCCAAACUCGCACUUGGCCAGGUUUAGGGUCAAGUUUGCCUGACCAAGCCGGUCAAAAACUUCCCGCAAACUAACCAUGUGCCCCUCCCAAUCGUCAGAAUAGAUGACGAGGUCAUCGAGGUAGGCCUCACAAUUAGGUACGCCUGACAGCACACGAUUCACCAUCCUCUAUAUUACCGUAUAUUGCAGGAAACUGUCAGGUGUCACGAACGCAGAAAUUAGUUUAGCGCGAUCCGUAAGUGGCACCUGCCAGUAUCCUUUCAGCAAAUCCAGCUUGGUUACAUAAGACGCACUCCCCUCCCUGUCGACACAGUCCUCCAUUCUGGGCAAUGGAAAACUAUCAGGCCUAGUUACGUUAUUUACCUGGCGAAAAUCCGUACAAAACCUAUCUGUCUUGUCUGACUUAUCAACCAAUAAGCACGGCGAGCUCCAUGGGCUGAAACUGGGCUCAGCGAUAUUGUUAGUGAGCAUGUAUUCCACCGUUUUCUGUAACCGCGCCCGCUUAUAUGGAUUCACGCGAUACGCGUGCUGUUUAAUGGGUAAUGCCUCCGCCACAUCGAUGUCAUGUUGUAAUACAUUAGUGCGCGAAGGAAUAUCGGAGAACAGCUCACAAUGAGACCCAACCAAACCCCUGAUAUCAUCUCGCUGCGUUGUUGAUAAAUGGCCAAGAUGACAGUCAAGAGUGAUCAAUGACUCAGUGUUUGUCAACCGUCCCUCCACGACCGCCUUGGAUGGAAUAAUGACGUCAUCUUCCAGUUCUCCAACCCCCUCUGAAAAACAAAGACUGUCAUUACUCUCAUCAAUGCUAGAUGGGGCCAACAUACAAACUGACACCGGCACAGUGGACACACUCGCAGAGGGAACAACAAUACUGUCAAUAGGAUUCACCAGAGGCUCCCUCACAUAAUAUGGCUUAAUCAUAUUAACAUGACACAAGCGAGUCUUCCGCCCACGAUCCGGUGUCUCGAUCAGGUAGUCCAAAUCCCCUACUUUCUCUCUAACCAGGUACGGCCCACUAAACCGUGCUUGUAAGCUGGAGCCUGGGACAGGCAACAACACUAAAACCCUCUCCCCUGGCACAAACAUUCUAUCCCGAGCCUUCCUGUCAUACCAGCCCUUCAUCCUCCCCUGUGUGUCACUCAGAUUUGUCCUCGCUAGUUCACAUGCCCUCUUCAGCUUCUCCCUAAAGCCACAGACAUAGUCUAACAGGUUCUUCGGCUCGCUCUCCCCCAACCACUUCUCCCUCAGCAGCUUAAGCGGCCCCCUAACCGAAUGCGCAAAUACCAGCUCUGCAGGACUCAGCUGCUCGAAUUUAAACUCUAGUUCCAUCUUCCUCAGCAAAACCUGGUUCUCCGAAACCGGGUCACAUGUGACUACCUCCUCCUCCUCAGGUUUGCCCACAGAGCACUCCAUAACCUCCUUGGCGGUCAAAGCCUCCACCAGCGCUAACCGCUGCUGCUGCUUUUUCAUGCUCGGGGCAAGCCUGACACCGUAAUAAUCUGCUAUCCCCGAUAAUUCCUCCCUAGUGCACAAGCCCAACAAGUUGACCGUUGGCCUAGCCACAAAAUCACAUACCUUCACAGGCAUACCUGCCCUAGUACCCGUCGCACCGGGGGAGGAAGAAACUAAAGAACCAACCCCGCUUCCACCAGCAUAUACGACCAACCAAUUAACAUAUACACAAAAAAAAAAAAAAAAAACGGCUUCACCCUACACGUCUGUACAGUCUGUUCUUAAUAACUCUGGCCACCGCUCCCCUACCGCUAUACACUAAAUAGAGAAGAGCACCGGUAUGACCUUCUGAAGCAUCCACACUCAAAAUUAUUCGCAAGAGAUUAACAACUGUCGUGUGUUUUAUAAAAAAAAAAAACCUAAAGCCCAUCCCUUAAACGUUUCCAUCCCUCACUAUCAGACCCCCUAUAUAACUAACUAGCUGACAUACGCCGGCCUAGGAGGAGCCUGACAGGGUCUUCCUACUACCCCGACCAGCAUAGAAAAUGGUCCAGCUGCCCUAGCUGGAUGAAAACGCUCCUUAUUGGAGAAUUAUUUACCAAGAGGGUAUAAAACAUGGGCCACACACACGACACUGUCAACCAUAAUUCAAAGUGUGGACUAAGCUCAGCGGCCACCACCAAAUUCCUGCUCAAAUCAGUUUGGCACAAGCCCCCAUAUUACGUUACCAUUGACUGUUAGCAGGCUCAAUGUCGAGUCAAGGCAACAUAAUAAAGGAGACGGUAGCCGAAGUAAUCAAAAAAAGAAUUUAAUUAAUAAUUACCACCAUGGUUGAACAAAGGAAAUAUAAAGUAAUGACAGACAAGAACACAUACUGCACAGACAGGAUCAGCCCCAGACAAAGGGGAAAGCAGAAUACUUAUACAUGAGGUAAUGACGAGACAAGACACACAUGGGUUAAUUACAAAUGGGUACACCUGGAGGGGAAACGAUAAGGACUACAAAACCAUCACAGGAAACUACAGCUAGACAUGACACAUCACACUAGGAGUGCCUGAUCAGGGCACAAACACAUAACAAAAAAGGCCUUAAAACAGAAAAGAGUUCAAACUGUGUAAACCAAUUCUUUGGUCUGGCCUGGAGCCAGCAAUAUGUAUGUCUUAUUUAUGUUGUUAUUAAUCUUAAUCAGUAAAUUAUCCAGAGUCCUAGCAUUUUUAAGUAUUAAGCUAAAGAUUUUUAAAUUGGGUUGGCUGCAAACUGUCACAACAUUCCUCUCUGCAUGUCCGGGAGCACUGCAGGGCGUUUUUCUGUAUUUCCUCAGAAGCUAACAGUUAUUUAAUAACUCUCUAGAUGACCAGCUGUAAAAGAAUAGACGGGUAUGAACAGUAGAAGUUUAAAUAUGACUUCUAUAACCAGGCACAUAUAUUGUAUGUCAGCACUAAAAUGUGUACGUUUUGAAAGAGGUCAUCGGUUAUCUUGCCUGAAUGUUUAUCGAUGCUGGAGAAAGGGCCCGGUGAUUAUGCUCAAUGGGAGCUGAAGAGGGCCCUAGAGCUCCAAAUGAACCCCCGACUCCUCAACCACGCACCGAGGAAAUACUUUCCCUUAUGGCUUUUUUAUUUUUGAGUGUGCUGGCUGAUGUUCCACAUGGUUACAUCAUGACGGAGAAUUACCAAAGCAUGGCCAUUUUAGUGCUUCACAAAAAUAUCCCAAUGUAUGCUUGUGUUCUUGGGUAAUUAUUUUUCUGGGUGUGUGAUUUUUAAGAGGAAGCGGGAGUCAUUUGGACUCUGACGUAAAGGAUUUACUAAAAUAAUUAUGAAGGACACUUUAGCUGAUGGCUUCUUCCUCCGUCAGCCUUAUGUAAAUGUUCUUCCCCUCUUUGUAUGUUGCACUCAAAGUCCUAACAUGUAUACACUGAUAAUUAUUAUCACUAUGUUUUACUUGACUCGAGUAGUAUUAUGUCUGACACCACUGAUGACCUGUUAAAUUAUGAGUGUUAUGCAGUUAACUAUAUAACCUGAUUUAAUGUCAAAUAAAAUUGGUUGAAUAAA